AUGGCAGCCACACCACUACCAGAAUCUAUUCUCAUCGUCGGCGGCGGCGUCUUCGGCUUAUCGACCGCCCUCGCCCUUUCUCGUCGUCACUCUGGCAAAAUCACCCUCGUCGAAUCGUCUCCCACAAUUCCUAAUCCUCACGGCUCCUCCGUCGAUGCGUCCCGUAUCAUCCGCGCGGACUACGCCAAUGAUGCCUACGCCCGUCUCGCGACGGCUGCAAUUGAGCAAUGGCGAACCACUGAAUGGGGCCACGAGGGGAGAUAUAACCGCAAUGGCCUGGUUUUGGUCUCCUCCGGCAGUGCUGAGACAGGUGCGUACGUGAGAAGCAGUUACGAGAACGUCAAGGCCCUAGACAAGAGCGGAAAGGAAGUUGAGCUCUUGCCGACCAAGGAAGAUGUGGAGAGUGUGGUUCCAGGCUAUGGCACGGGCAACAACGUUGCCGGUGGAUACGUGAACUGGGGUUCCGGCUGGGGUGACGCAGAAGCAUCGGUGCGAUUCGCAAAGCAGCUUCUCGACGAGACAGGGAGGGUCGAAUUCAAGACCGGAAACGUCAAACGUCUACUCUCAAUUCCCGACCAAGGCGGCAAUCGGAAAGUCACCGGUGUCGAACUCUCGGACUGCACUACGAUCUCUGCAGACCUCGUCAUCCUCGCUGCUGGUGCAUGGACAGGUCAACUCGUCGACCUGCGCGGCCGAGCGGAUGCCACAGGCCAGGUGCUCGCCUACAUCCAAAUAACCGACGAAGAACAAGCCCGGCUCGCGAACAUGCCCACGAUCCUCAAUUUCUCGACGGGAAUGUUCAUCAUCCCACCACGCAACAACCUUCUCAAGGUCGCCCGGCACGCCUAUGGCUACCGAAACCCCAAAUCCGUCCCAGACCCAUCAGGUGGUAACGGAACCAUCGAGCCCAGUCUCCCUGAAAACGGUGUUCCCAUCCCCCCAGAAGGCGAACAAGCCUGCAGAACCGCUCUCCAGGAGAUGCUUCCCGCGUUCGCAGACAGACCGUUUGUCAAAACACGAAUAUGUUGGUACUCAGACACUCCCAAAGGUGACUUCUUGAUCACUCACCACCCCACCUACACCUCUCUCUUCCUCGCAACCGGCGGAAGCGGACAUGGAUUCAAAUUCCUCCCUGUGAUCGGAGAUAAAGUCGUCGACGCCCUCGAAGGAAAACUCGAUCCCGAACUAAAACAGCUCUGGUCCUGGCCGGAACAGCUCGCCGUCGCCAAUGGUGAGAUCCCCAUCGUCUGGACAGAGGACGGAAGCCGAUCUGGCCCGAAAGGAAUGAUACUGGCAGAGGAGCUUGCGAAGAAUAACAAGAGGAUGGGGAGCAAGCUUUAA